AUGACCGCGCCUAGCAGAUACCCGGCCCAAACCGACACUGGUGUGCACAGAUAUAAUCGCCGUAAGGCCAGUCCGCCGAAGCGCAAACCCAAGCCGUGGUCCUCACUUUCCAGGCCAGCGAAGAAGAGAACGCACCAUCCUGGCCGAACAUCCUUCGCGUCCACCGUUAUCAGGUCGCUCAGGAACCCGAGACCUUUGAGGCGCACCGUGCCUGUGGACACCAGACGCGGGAAACCAUUGGAAAUGCGUAAAGUCGUGCGGAGAGAUUCCUUCGUUAUGGUUUCUCGCCCUACUGAGGACUUGCGUGGUUCGAAACGACGAGGAGCUGAUAGACGGCUCGCAAGUUCUCGUAACCGUACGAGAAAACGAGGAACGCAGGCCAUGGCUGAUGGCGUUGUCAAGACUCUGGCUUCGAAUCCAGCGGACAAGGCGACGCAUCGAAAUGCCUGUGCGAGAACACUCGGACUUCCGGAGCUGUGCCUCAUGAUCAUGGAAUACCUAGGCGAUCGGUAUCUUCGCAACUGCAUUGUCGCAGGUGGACCCUUCGAAGCGACUGUCAGAGGCUCGUCGAGCUUAAGUAGGGGGUUCUGCCUGAACCAUGACGCGGCGGGGAACGGCUUCCAGCACAAUCCAUUCCUAUUCCGUGAACACAUACUAUGCAAUCACACAUGGAUUCGUGGUGCCUGCGUCUGCGAUCCACUCGGAUUCGAAUCUGUGGAGUGGAGUUGGGCUGGUGUCGGCACCGUUCCAACGAUGGAAAUUCGCUACGCAGCCUAG